UCAAUUAGGUUCAAACGAUAUAAGAACGGAAUCUUAAAACCCCCUUUGCCUGUGGAAACCCUAAUUUGGCACAAGGAUGGCGAAAUCGAUGAGAUGCAAGAGGGUGAAGAGAUUGAGAGCUAUAAGAAGAGAAAUUGUUGAGAAGGAAUCGUUCACUCUCACUAGAGAGGAUGCCAAAUCCGCCGCCAUUGAAGCCGCACUCGCCGCCCCUAAAUUACCUGUUCGUCUACCACCACCUUCCCCGUUCAUGGAAGUCGCGACGACCUCCGAGUCUGCCUCUGUCUCCGGUACUGUCGCUAAUGCUAUGGAUGUGGAAAUGGAUGAUGAGAAGCAUAACAAGUCUCUUAAGCCCAUCGGGAGGAAGUUGAAGAAGAAGUUUAAGUUGGGGAUGAAGAACCGUCGCAGCAAGGGCUUCCUUCGAGGCAAACGUGUCUAAGUUCCCAAGUUAGGUUCUGUUUCACCUCUGAUAACUAUGUUCCCUCUAGAUUCCUCAGACUUUCUUAAUUGUCUUAGAAAAUGUCCUUAUUUUAGGUGAGCUUCAGUGUUAUAAAUAACCUAAAAUACUUGAUUUUGAACCUAAGAAGUCUCUGAUUAUGCCUCCCAUA